UCGAACGUAGCGGUUGGUUCUACAGAAAAACAGACAAGCAGCCGCGACGCGUCGUUCGCAAAAAAAGAUACAAAACAACCAAAACUCAACGUGUUUUUUAUACUACGCCAGAGCCCGGGGAAUAAUCAGAGUGUAUGUGUGUUUUUUAUGAUUGUUAUUUGAUUUUGGUAGCAUUUAAAUUGCUAUAAAUUUAGAAUACAAUUUAAAAGGUGUUCGUGAUUCAUUAACUGCCAUAAUAAAUUAAUUGUUUAAACCUUUUGGCGGCCUUUGGAGCAACAAUUCGGGCUGCACUUGAAACAAAUUACAUUAUGCCGACUAUACGGCGCUGCUGCAUCAUUGGCUGCCUGUCCAAUUCCAGACAGCAGCCCACUAUGCAGUUCUUUGCAUUUCCACGUCCCGACAAUCCGUUUCACAAACUCUGGAAGGAGGCGUGCCACGCCUCGCUGCGACGCAUUAUACCCUUCAAGAAGCCAGUGGUGUGUGCCAUGCACUUUGAUCCCAGUGUGCUGGGUGGGCGCAGGCUGCAGUCAAAUGCGCUGCCCACACUCAGACUGGAGGUGCCUUCGAAUCUGGAGGAGGUGGAGCAGCAGGCCAUGGUGCAAGAGAUUGAGCGCAGUCGCAAGUGCGCCUAUAUAAAUGCUGUGGUCUAUGAGUGGCUGGUGCGUGCCAAUGUUAAUCCACAGCUGCGUGGCAGCAUUACGCAUGGCAUGAUCAAGGACAAGGCGGAGAAUGCGCGUCAGGUCAUUGGCAGCAACUCGUUUACUUCCGACAAUCGUUGGCUCAAUCGAUUUCGUGAGACGCAUCUGCAGGGCUUUGCGCAAAAAUUGGCCACCAAUCAGCUGAAGCCGCUGGGCACAUCGCUUUGGAUACCGGAUAUUGUGCAGGAUUUGCAGCAUUUGUUUCCGCCUGCUAGCGCUGAACGUGUAGCCAAGCUGGAGGAGAUGCCGGAGCAGUAUAUGAACUAUAUGCAGCAGUAUGGCGAGUAUGAGGAAGAUGAGGACAGCAUGGAUGUCAAGGAACAAAGCUAUCAGGAGCAACAACAACAGCAGCACUAUGCGCUGCAGCAACAGCAGCUGCAACAGAUGAACCCCGCCUGGCCACCGUUUGUGCCACAUGCGCCACAUGGCCAUCCCGGCUUUAAUAGCUACAACGAUUACUACUUUGAGCGCCAUCAGCAGCAGCUGCAACAGCAAAUGCAACAACAGCUGCAAGCUCAAUUUCCCACGCCACUCAUAGCGCCGCCUGCUUCAUCGCUGUCGCCACCGCAGCGUGAACCCUUCCAGCCACAAUUGCCACCCAAUGCAGUGCCACAACUACGUCACAGUCCCUUCCAGCCCGUGCAGCUGGCCAAGCGGCCCAAGCUGGAGUCUCCCGCCGACGACGAGGUGCAAGCCAUUAACAACGCUGCUGCGUCAGCGUGUGCCUCGCCCAUCAGUCGCAGCUCUGAGCACAAGAGUUCACCCAGUCCCAAGGAGCAGAAUAACAACAGCAGCGGGCGUGAUAGUGCCAGCAGCAAGGAGAAUGCACCCAAGAUUAUAGACUGCACCAGCGGCAAAUCAACGCCUGUACUUUCGGUCAAGGGCAGCAAUCCUGCUACGCCUGCGCCCAGCUCACCCAAGAAGCUAGCCAAUGGUCACAGCUCACCCGCGCCCGCAGCCAAGGACAUUGCCAGCGUGCUCAAAGAGCUGGACAGUUAUACACAGGCUCUGGAAUAUCUCAAACCGCUGGAGGAGUUUGUGCUGCUCAAGGAAAACUUUCGUGCCAUUGGGCUGCUGUCACAACUGGAGCUGGUGCUGCGCAAGGGCGACAAAGCAACGCUCAUCGAGGGCUAAAACCACAGCGAACAAAAACGCACAAAACACAAAUGUGAUGCAAACUUGUAUAUACAUACAAUAUAAAUUAGCCAAUUAAUGUAAUUUUGUAGUAUUAUUAACUCUAACAAGACAUGGCCAUUUGUUGCUUAAAC